AUGGAUCCUAUGAACGGCUAUGACGCACAGUCAUCCUUUGACGACAGCGACGAGAUCAGCCAGGAAGACUGCUGGGAUGUCGUCACGGCUUUUUUCAACGAUAAAGGGCUCGUCAGGCAGCAAUUGGAUUCGUUCGAUGAGUUUGUGCAGAAUACCAUCCAGGAGAUUGUUUAUGAGAAUGCAGAGUUUCAGAUUGUUACCCCCGGGCAGCAUAGUGGGACGUUGGGGGAUGUCACGAAACGAUAUUCAGUUACGUUUGAUCAGAUUUACCUGAGUCGACCGACGCAUUCGGAAGCAGAUGGAGAAGUUCGGAGUUUGUUCCCACAGGAGGCGCGGUUACGGAAUUUAACAUACUCCGCACCCCUCUACGUCGACAUCAAAAAGAAAAUCGAGUUUGCAGAUCCCAAACACCCCCGAAAUCGCGACGUAACCCUCGCCAGCGAAAUGUACUGGCAGACCGAACAAGAAGAAGAAGACUUCACCCGCGUCUUCAUCGGAAAAGUGCCCAUCAUGCUCCGCUCCAAUUACUGCAGUUUGGGCGAAAUCACGAGCUCCGAGGCCCCCUCACUGAGCGUCGAGGAUGUCGGGGAGUGUCCGUACGACCAGGGCGGGUACUUUGUCAUCAACGGAUCGGAAAAAGUGCUGAUUGCGCAGGAACGGAUGGCGUUCAACCAGUGCUAUGUCUUCAAGAAAGCCGCGCCGGGGCCGUACCUGUACAGUUGCGAGAUCAGGAGUCAGGCUGAGAAGGGCAGCAAGUUGCCGUCGACACUGUUUAUCAAGAUGAUGGCGCCACGAGCUGGGAAGACGACCCUCGGCUCAACCAUCAAGACAUCUCUCCCCUACAUUAAAUCCGACAUCCCCAUCAUCAUCGUCUUCCGCGCCCUCGGUAUCGUCACCGACCGCGACAUCCUCGAACACAUUUGCUAUGACUUUAACGACCACCAGAUGCUGGAUCUGCUGAAACCGAGUGUCGAGGAGGCGUUUGUGAUUCAGGAUAGGACUGUUGCCUUGGAUUAUAUUGGGAAUAGGGGGACGCAGGUGGGGGUUAGUAGGGAGAAGAGGUUGAGAUACGCAGCGGACAUCUUACAAAAGGAAAUGCUGCCCCACGUCAGCACAACCCCACACACGCAAACGCGCAAAGCCUUCUUCUUUGGGUACAUGAUCCACCGCCUUCUCCUCGCCGCCCUCGAACGCCGCGAACUCGACGACCGUGACCAUUUCGGCAAAAAGCGCCUCGACCUCGCCGGCCCGCUCCUCAGCAGCCUGUUCCGCACGCUGUUCCGCAAACUCACCCAGGACGUGAGCCGCUACACCAAGAAAGUCGUCGACAGCGGCGGCGACUUCAAUCUCUCCAUGGCCGUCAAGGGCGGCACCAUCACCCGCGGUCUACAAUACUCGCUCGCAACAGGGAACUGGGGCGACCAGAAGAAAGUCAUGUCGGUCAAAGCAGGCGUCAGUCAGGUGUUGAAUCGAUACACCUACGCAUCCACACUCUCCCACUUGCGUCGUCUAAACACACCCAUCGGGCGUGACGGCAAGCUCGCCAAACCCCGUCAAUUGCACAACACACACUGGGGCAUGGUGUGUCCCGCCGAAACGCCCGAGGGCCAAGCCUGCGGGCUCGUCAAGAACCUGUCCCUGAUGGCAACCAUCACCGUCGGGCAGCCCGUGGACCCCAUCCUGCAGUUCCUCUCGGAAUUCGGAAUGGAAGCUCUCGAAGACACCCCGCCCUCAAUCAUCCCAAGUUCAACAAAAGUGUUUGUGAAUGGACAGUGGCUGGGUAUCCACCGUGACCCCGACGCGCUGGUUAAUACUUUGAGAGGAUUGAGACGAGCGGCGGAUGUCAGUGUGGAGAUUUCGAUUGUGAGGGAUGUGGUUGAUAAGGAAGUGAGGGUUGCAACAGACUAUGGAAGGAUUUGUAGGCCGCUGUUUGUGGUGGAUGAGAAGACGGAUAUGUUGGCGUUGAAGAAGUCGACUUUGGAGGCUUUCAGGCCGGAUCCCGACGGCGACGUCGAACCCACCCAAACCUGGCCCUCCCUCCUGGAAAACGGGCUGGUAGAGUACCUCGACACCGAAGAAGAAGAAACCGUGAUGAUUGCAAUGGACAUUGAAGAAUUGCAGCGCGUCCGCGCGAUUAAGCGCGGCAGCGAGUGGGUGAAGGAAGUGACGGACAAGACGGCGAGGUUGAGGUCCAAAGCGGCGUAUGCGAGCAGGUUUACGCAUGCGGAGAUUCAUCCGAGUAUGAUUUUGGGGAUUUGUGCGAGUAUUAUUCCGUUUCCGGAUCAUAAUCAGUCUCCGCGUAACUGUUACCAGUCCGCGAUGGGCAAGCAAGCGAUGGGCAUCUUCCUCACCAACUUCCAAGUCCGCAUGGACACGAUGGCCAACAUCCUCUUCUACCCCCAGAAACCGCUCGCAACCACCCGCGCGAUGGAAUUCAUGCACUUCCGCGAACUCCCCGCCGGCCAGAACGCCAUUGUCGCCAUCGCCACCUACUCCGGUUACAACCAGGAAGACUCCCUGAUCAUGAAUCAAUCCUCCAUCGACCGCGGCCUGUUCCGCUCAAUGUACUACCGCGUCUACAUGGACACCGAGAAGAAAAUUGGAUUGAUUGAGAGCGAGACCAUCGAGAAGCCGUACCGCGAGGACUGUUUACGGUUGAAGCAUGGGUCGUACCAUAAGAUUGAGCACGAUGGGCUGAUUGCCCCCGGGACAAGGGUGAGCGGGGAAGACAUUAUCAUUGGAAAGACGGUGCCGAUCAAGGAGGAUAGCACGGAGAUGGGGCAGCGGACCGCGGCGCAUACCAAGCGCGACGCGUCGACGCCGCUGAAAAGCACCGAGAACGGGAUCGUGGACCAGGUGAUGGUGACGACCAACGAGGCCGGGUACAAGUUCGUCAAAGUGCGCAUCCGCAGCGUGCGUGUGCCGCAGAUGGGCGACAAAUUCGCCUCCCGCCACGGACAAAAAGGAACGGUUGGAAUAACCUACCGCAUGGAAGACAUGCCCUUCUCCUGCCAAGGCAUCGCGCCCGACAUUGUCGUCAACCCACACGCCAUCCCCUCGCGAAUGACCAUCGGACACUUGGUCGAGUGUCUCUUAUCAAAGUUGUCCACCAUGACGGGCAUCGAGGGCGACGCGACCCCGUUCACCGACGUGACCGUCGACCAGAUCUCCAACACGCUUGAGCACUACGGGUACCAGAAACGCGGGUUCGAGGUGCUGUACAACGGACACACGGGGAAGAAGUUGCAGGCGCAGGUGUAUUUCGGGCCGACUUAUUAUCAGCGGCUGAAGCAUAUGGUCGAUGAUAAGAUCCAUUCGAGGGCUAGGGGCCCGGUGCAGAUCUUGACGCGGCAGCCGGUGGAGGGACGGAGUAGGGAUGGCGGGUUGAGGUUUGGGGAGAUGGAACGGGAUUGUUUUAUUGCGCACGGGGCUGCGCAGUUCCUUAAGGAGAGGUUAUUCGACGCCUCGGACGCGUACCGCGUGCACGUGUGCGACCGGUGCGGCCUGAUGGUGAUUGCGGACCUGAAGCGCAACAAGUACGAGUGCCGCAUCUGCAAGAAUACCACUGAGAUCUCGCAGGUGCAUAUCCCGUAUGCGGCGAAGCUGCUGUUUCAGGAGUUGAUGGCUAUGAAUAUUGCGCCGAGGAUGCUUGUUACGUGA